CCCAUGCAGCUCCGCCGGCAACCGCUUCCCGCGCCCCGGCCGGGGGACCCGUACCCCGCCGCCCCGCUGCUCGCGCUGCUCCUGCUGCUCGCCCUCCAGGGGGCGGCGGCGGCGCCCGCGGGGUCCGGGGAGCCCGAGGACUCCGGGUGGCGUCAGGACGCGGAGCUACCGCACGGGCUCCUGUCGCAGGCGGCGCGCGCGGCGCUGCACUUCUUCAACUUCCGCACGAGCUCGCCCAGCGCCCUUCGAGUGCUGGCUGAGGUGCAGGAGGGCCGCGCGUGGAUUAAUCAGAAGAAGGAAUAUAAAGUUGACCUGGUGUUUACCACGGAGCUGUACAACCCAGAGAAAGGUAAGGAACGUCUGGGGAAAUGUUCUGCUCGAGUGUUUUUCAGGAACGAGAAACCCAGACCAGCCACUAAUAUAACGUGUACUCGGCUCAUUGAGAAGAAGGCAAGACAAGAAGAAGAUUAUCUGCUCUACAAGUACAUGAAGCAACUUAAAAACCUCUUGGAUGUUGUCAGCAUACCUGAUAGUCAUGGACAUAUUGAUCCCUCUCUGAGACCCAUCUGGGAUUUAGCUUUUCUGGGCAGCUCUUACGUGAUGUGGGAAAAGACAACACAGUUUUUACACUACUACAUGGCACAGCUCAGCAGUGUGAAUCAGUGGAAAACAAGUGAAGAUGCAAUUGAUUUUGAUUAUACUGUUCUACUCCAUGAAUUCUCAACACAGGAAAUGAUUCCCUGUCAUAUUCACUUGGUCUGGUACCCCGGCAAACCACUGAAGGUGAAGUACCACUGUCAAGAGCUACACACACCAGAAGAAGCCUCUGGAACUGAAGAGGGAUCAGCUGUGGCACCGACAGAGCUUAGUAAUUUAUGAAAAGCAAAAAAGAUGUUUAUACCAAAUUCUGAACAAAAUGACUACACUAAAUAGCCUAAAUCAUUAUUCUAGUAAAACAGCCAAGGUAUAAGGCAUUCUAAUAAUUUGGGAAAGCCUGUGAUUACAAGUAAAUACUCAAAAAUUAAGAUA